AUGAAUUUGGAGUUGCCGAUCCAACUGCACCGCGGCCAACCACACGAUGCACAGGAAAACGUUUGGACUGUGCCUCCGCAGCUGGCAGAAAGCAGUCUGCAGGGCAUGUCAGUCCAUGCGCACCAGGAGAGCCUUGAGGAGCACGAGGCUGAGGGGCCCGUUUCGUCUUCGGCAACAGGAGGCUCUAGCUUCCUAGAUGUCCCAGAGAUGCCAAAGGACUUGAGUAAGGUGGAGUGCCCAGGUGGGGUGUUGACACUCCGAGGCAGCUAUGAACUGAAGAAGCGGAAGGGAUUCAAGUGUAGCAAAAUCAUUGCGCAUGAUGCUUUCUUGGCAUUGGGCAAGACCUUGACCUUGGACACGCAGAUUGUAGAAUUCACAGGUAGCCUUUCUUUAUGGGCAACUGCAGAAGGCUUUGGCUGCCUCGAGGUGACGGGUACAUUGAUCGUGAACUUCGGAAGCCUUUCCAUCCGCGACUGCAAUAACAAGGGCAAGCCAUCCAUCAAAGGAGGCGCAAUUAAGAGCAAGGCCUUCUGGCAACAGGGUGGCAACACCAGCAUCACGAACUGCAGUGCUGAAGGCACGUUGCAAGGGACGGGAGGGGCCAUUUAUACUCAGACUGGUGGGACCCAUCAUCCGGAACGUUCUGCUCCACCGCCGCUCGCAGGAGCCAACAUAUUCUGUAACGGCUCCACGCGGCAGCAGAUCUCGUGCGACUGCUGGUCCAACAGCGAAUCCGACCGGUGCUUCGUCACCAGCGCACUUUUCAAUCUCGUGCAGAGCCAGUUCACGCCCGGGAUUAUCCGAAAUUUGCUCAGCCAGAGCCCGCUGUCCGCCCAGCCCAUCCUGGGCAACGGAAGUGCGUUCCAAAUCAGCCGCGACUGCUGGUCGAAGGGCCAGCGCGACGGGCGCUACCCGCUCGUGGCGCUGCGUAUCGCGGGCCUGGCGCUGUUCGGCAGCGAAGAAGCUUUCGAGGAGGAGGCAAAGAUGAUGCUGUCUGCAGCAAUCCCCACGCAGCUCGGUCAGACGCUGUUUCCCUACCCGCUUCUUCUCGUCGCCAGCAUGCCGCUCUUGUGGAUCAUGCUGGAUUUGGCCAUCGAGAACAUCCUUUUCAUGAAGCUGGACAUGUGGUGGCUGUUCUGGUUGAUCUCCGGCGUUGGCUGGUGGAUGGGCUCCUUCCCUUUCUUCCUGGCGUCCUUCUUCUACGCCGCGCGCUGCAUGCGGCAGCCACGCGGGUAUCGCAUCCUGGAUUGGCUGGCGAACUUGCUCGUCAUUUCUACCAUCCUCCCUGUCUUCAUCUUCACAUUCGGCGUGGUCGUGAUUCUUGUUUUCUUCACGCCGCUUGCGGAGUGGCAGGUUGCCCUCGUCUCCAGCGCCAUUCACAUCCUGACGGCGGCUCUGGUGUGGAACGCGCAAGCUUUUUGCAGAGGGAGCCGCAAGGGCACGACGAAGUCCGAGCCUUCUGCGGCCGAG